AUGGCUUCAUUGCUCACCAUACAGAUGGUAGUUGAGGAGAAAUGGCCGCAGAAACGACAGCCUUCAGAAAAUGUUCUCGAUGUUGAGAUUCACUUAGCCGCUAAAGGUCUUGGUGACACCAUUACUCAGGGUAAUGAGGCAUCAAGCCAGGACAAAGCAAAAACCAUGAUUUUCCUUCGUCAUCAUUUAGAUGAAGGUUUGAAGGUUGAAUAUUUGACAGUGAAAGAUCCACUUGAAUUGUGGACUGGUAUGAAAGAAAGGUAUGACCUUAAGGCUACAGUAUUGCCAAGGGCUCGAUAUGAGCGGAUGCACUUAGGAUUGCAAGAUUUUAAGACCCAGCGAUACCGUGAAAAGGGUUUUAAAAAGUAUUCAGAAUUGAUCUCAUGUCUUCUAGUGGCUAAGCAACAUAAUACCCUUUUGAUGAAAAAUCAUGAAGCCCAUCUCACAUGGUCAGCUCCAAUACCUGAAGCGAAUAUGGUAGCGAGACGUGAUAAGUCUAGAAAAAGACAGAAUAAUUAUCAUGACCAUAUGAAUAUACGUGGGCAUGGCAAUAGAAAGAGACGAUAUAAUAAUCGUCAUUGUGGUGGUCAUGGCAAACGAGAGAACAAUAUGGGUUCUCAAAACAAUCCUUCAAGAGGCAAAAGCGUUAACUGGCACCGCUGUGGCAUGAAAGGUCGCUGGAAAAUUGAAUGUCGUGCACCUGAGUAUUUUGUCAGGCUUUAUCAAAAUAAAAGCAAAUAA